AUGGCAUUGCUCAUGCCACUAAAGGAGAAGAAGCUCACAGAGGUUAAACUUCAAGACCUGUCGAGCUGGAUAUUAAUGUUGGGUUUCACCCCCAGUGGUAUUGCAGGGGCCUUUUGGAGAGGUUAUGACCAGUAUUACAAGUACAUCAGCGUUCGGAAAGGCAGGAUCUCGGGGAUUAACACAGUGCUGGCAGCCUACAUGGUUUUCAGCUACUGCAUUUCUUACAAGGAACUCAAAUACCAGCAAGUUCCACUGAAGAGGGGUCACUGUGGAGGGCACUUCACAGCUGAGCAUGGCCAUCUGCCCCGCUCCAAUCCAUGA